CAUUGUCAAUAUCAAAGAGAAAAGAGACAUGAUAAAAUUACUAUUGAUUUUCAUCCCAGCUAUUCUUUUCGUGCAGACUGAAGCACUGAAAUGCUACAAAUGCUCAGCGACCUCCAAGCCCGACUUCAAAGAGUGUCAAGAAGUCGAUAACAGCACCAAGAUCGAAACAUGCAAGAAAAAGGGUUAUGUCUGCGUUGCCGUCGGCUUGGACUACCGUAACGGGACUAACAUGGAAUAUACCAAUAUCAGAAAAUGCACCAGCGACAAGCAAAUCUGCCUGCGCUAUCGUUUUGGUCAGAAAAAAUACGAUGUAAGAAGAUGUCAAGUGUGCAAUAAAGACUUGUGCAACACCAUAACGAUGGCUCCUCGUGAUCCUUCGGAUGAGUCUGAUCCUACUAAGUCGAGCCCGCCGUAUGAAGGACCUAAGGGUGAAUCCAAGGGAGGAGCUGAAGGUGAAGCCAAGGAAGGAGCAGCCUAACUAAGGGUGAAGCCAUGGGGAGAUCUAAGAAUGAAUCCAAUAAAAUGAUUUAACAUAUAAGCAGAAUAAAAUAUAAAAAUUGA